CCUCAAUCCUGGGAGCAUAGGCAAACAUGGCCCUGCAAUGCAUGUUUCUCCUGCUCCUCACACCUCUGCUGGCAGCACAAAAUCAUGGAAAAUGUAAAGUUCCCCCUGACUGGGACCCCAAACUGCAGUUUAACCCAAAGAGGAGCAGCUAUGACUUGAAUGAAGUGGUGCAGCUCAGCUGUGCUGGGAAGUUCGUGCCAUCUGUACCACAGAUCCAAUGCAUUUCCAGAGGGGCCCAGACCCUGUGGAAUGAGACUGCCACCUGCAAAGAGACAUGCCAGAAGCCCCAGUGGGUCUCACAGCUCUGGUUUAGCCCAAACCAGAAUUUUUACAGGGUCAGUGAAGAGGUGACACUGAGCUGCUUUAUGAACGAUGCUCCUCCCCUUGCUGUGAUCAGAUGUGCAAAUGGGACUUCUUCAAACUGGAAGGAGGCUUGGGAGGUGUUGGAAAUUGGGAGAACAUGGCACAGGUUGGCACAGAAGCUGAUCUGCACCAUGGCAAAAUGCUCAAAACCGCGAUGGGAUGCACAACUUCUGUUUUCAGAGAGCAAAACUGAAUACCCACAGAAUAGAGAACUGACACUGACCUGUCACAGAGGUCUUGAGCCCUCCUUCCGUAAGGUCAAAUGCACAAAAGUAUUUCAGAGAAUGGAUUCUGGAAAACCAGCCUAUGUGGAUGCCUGGUGGGGCAGGAACAGCAGAGGUGCCUGGACACGCAUUGAGAGCCAUGCCCUGUGUGUGGCUCUGCCAGAAAUGUGCCAAAGGCCCCCAUGGGACUCCAGACUCCAACUGGUACCAGACAAGAGGAAUUAUGCAAAGAAUGAAGAAGUGAUGCUGAGUUGCCCAGAAGGUUUCCAGCCAAACUUCACUGAAAUCAAAUGUCAGAGUGGACUCCAGUACUAUGAUCAUGAUGUGACACAGUAUUCUGUGUACGAGGAAUUUUGGCAUGGAAGAGACUCUAGAGGUGUCUGGGUCCCCAUUCAAUCCAGUGUGGAGUGCAUUGGAGUCCUCCAGGUUGACCCUGAGACCUUUGAGAUUUCCAGCACCAGCAUCCAACUGCACUGGACCUGCAGGUUCCCUGAUGCCUGCCAGGGCAUGAGGGCCAUGUGCCGGCUGGCAGCGCCUUCCUCCCCUCUCUGUGAGGCUGAGGAGGUGAAAGGAGAGCAGAUGUUACAUGGCCAGGGGGGAACAUUCACCUGCUCCCCUUUGCAGCCCUUCACUGAGUACAGUGUCACCAUCGACUUGCCCCACAGCAGAGUCAUAUACAGAAAAUAUGAAAGGACGAAAGAAACAGUGCCGGACAAACCGGACAAGCUGUGGCUGGAUCCCGACAGGGGCUCUCUCAGGUGGAACUCGCUGCCCUCCUGCAAUGGGGAGAUCAUCGGAUACCAGCUGAGCAUCACGGCCAGGAGCGCAGGCGACAGCAGCGUGCUGGAGACGGAGCGGCUGCGGCUCAAUGGCUCCGUCACUGAGCACCGGCUGCCGGAGCACAGCCCUGGCAGCAGCUACACCGUGACGAUCCAGGGACUGACGGCUGCCGGAGCCGGCGCUGCGUUGGUCAAGGAGUUCCACAGCAGCAGCAGCAAGCCCCCGCGCCCCCAGGGCAUCAGCUGCCGCAGCGUCCGCGACGUCGCCCCAUCCCAAGGCACGGCCGUGCUUCCCCUGAGCCCCGUGGCCCGUGGCUCCGAGGCAGCCAGGGAGCACCAGCUGAUCGUGGCCCCGACGCACAACGGCUCGGUGAUCGAGAGCAUCUGCUCGGGGCAGCCGCAGCUCCUCAAUGGCAGCGUCUACGUGGCCGCUGUUCUCAACCUCACCGCCCCCACGGACUUCGUGCUGGGCGACGGGAGCCGCGGGCAGGGCGAGCACAACGCUGCCCUCCGCCCGGGCUGCGACUACACGGCCCUUCUGCGCCUCGUCCGCCUCUCGCCGCAGGCAGACAAGUUCACCUGCGUCUGCUACAGCUUCUCUGUUGGGCAGGAGCCAUCAUCUCUGCUGGACAGGAAACUGGUGGUUUUGGCAGUAGCAUUGACCGUUGCAUUCCUGUCACUGGGGAUUGUGCUGUUUCUUGUGGUCUUCAGGCUAAAGCACAACAGUUCAAAAGCCUCAGAAAACAGCAGCACUAUACCCCUGAGAGGACGUCAAAAAGAUGUAUGCAAGCCACACACACAGAUCCCAGUGGAAGAACUGCUGGAGGCUCUAAAGAUGUUUAAGAGGGAAGAAAUAGAGGCAGAGCAGACAGAUGAUGAACCAGCCAACAGGCAUGGUGCUGGGCUUCUGGGAGAAUAUCAGCAAUUGUCCUCCACUUUGCUGCACCCCUGCAAUGCUGGGAAGGAGCAAUGUAAUCAAAACAAGAAUCGCUACAAGAGCAUCAUCCCAUAUGAUCACUGCCGUGUGGUGCUGCAGCCGUCUGAUACCGGGAAUGGCUACAUCAAUGCCAGUUAUGUGGAUACCUACCGAAGUCCUCGCUUCUUCAUUGCAGCUCAAGGCCCCUUGGCUGGGACAGUGGUGGAUUUCUGGCACAUGGUCUGGCAGGAGAAGACGUCAGUCAUUGUGAUGCUGACAGGCUUAGUGGAGCAUAACAAGAUCAAAUGUGAGCAGUAUUGGCCAGAGCAGGAACAGGUCUACGGCAACAUCACUGUGACACUCAACAACACCUGGACCACCACAGGCCUUGUCAAACGCAUCUUCUGCCUGCAGAAGGCAGGCUGUGCUCUCCCAAGAGCAGUGGAACAGUUUCACUACCUGCUGUGGCCGGACCACGGGGUGCCCAGAAACCCGUCCCAGCUGCUGUGCUUGGUGGAGGUGGUGAACAAGAGGGUGUUGGAAGCACCUGCUGGACCCGUGCUGGUGCACUGCAGUGCCGGGAUCGGCCGCACGGGGACCUUCAUCGCCCUGGACUUCCUCUUGAAGAUGGGGAAGGCUGAGGGCAAGGUGGAUGUGUUUCAAUGCGUGCAGCAGCUGCGGGAGCAGCGGGUCAGCAUGGUGCAGACCAAGGAGCAGUACAGCUUCCUGUACGAGGCACUUCUCGAAGGCUUGCUCUGUGGAAACACCGGGGUCCCAGUGGAGAGCAUCACCACCCUUGUCCACUCCCUUCGAGAAGAGGAGACCACAGGCCACAACAGAGUCCUAGAGAAGGAGUUCAAGGCCCUGCAGAGAUUUUCUGAGUUGUUCCAGCUCCUGCCGUGCAGAGAAGCAGAGAAACCCAGAAACCAACCCAAGAACCGCAAGCCAGGGAUCCUGCCAGCGGAUUCCUGCCGGCCCAUCCUGAUGUCCUCGGUGAACGCAGACGGCUCUCCAGCUUACAUCAACGCCGUGUUCGCCAGCACGUACACCGAGGAGGAGAGAAUCAUCAUCACGCAGCUGCCUUUCCCCACCACGCUGGUGGAUUUCUGGGCUCUGGUCUGGGAUUACACCUGCACAUCGGUAGUUGUGCUGAACCAGCUCCAGGAGCUGGACAAGACAUACGUGCAGUUCUGGCCCACCCAGGGCGAAGAUGACUAUGGCCGUUUCCAUGUCCAGCUGAUCUCAGAGGAGCCUGGGGCUGGCUUCACAACCUGGACACUUGUCCUCAGCAACAGGCAGCAGCCCAAGAAAUCUGCAGUGGAGAUCCAGUUACAUCAACUGACAGACUGGCCCGUGCAGCAGCAUCUUCCCCCACACCCUGACACCAUCAUCAGCUUGCUAGGGAAGGUGGAGACUCACCAUCGGCAGAGCCAAGAUGGACAUAUCCUUGUCACCUGCUGGGAUGGAGCCAGCCGCAGUGGGAUCUUCUGUGCUGCUGGUUUCCUGUGUGAGCAGAUCCAAAGCGAGGGCAUGGUGGAUGUAUCCCAGGCUGUGAGGAUGCUGAAGAGACGGCGGAGACAGUUCAUUAAAGAUGUGGAACAGUAUGGGCUUUGCUAUGAACUAGCCCUCAGUUACUUGAAUUCAUUUGAAACCUAUGGGAAUUUCAAGUAGGAGCAUGACCACAGCCUGUCUCUGGAAGGGAUUUCGACUCCCUGGAGAGCCCUUCAUCAGUAACAGUGGAAGCAAGAGGAAACAAAGGGAUGUGCAUGACCCCAAGAUGCUUCACUCCCCUGAAAAACCACCCCAAGGGUCCUCUGUGGCUGGAGAACACAGGCUGGACUGUCUCCAAAUUGUGGCCAAGUGUUGAAAUGGGAACCUGACCCCGUGCCCAUUCCAUAAGUUCCAUUUGUGCAGGAACUCACCUGGAAUCACAGCCUGAGAAUGGUCACAGACCAGGUCACAGGCACCAGGACUUCACCUAUCCUUCAUUACCAAGGAUGAAGAGAACAGCUGUCCCAUCCAGGUUCCCUUGUCCCACCCCAGGUAUCCCCAAGGAAAGUGGGGCAGCACCAACACCCAUAUUGUGUUAGGUCAAACUGCUGUAAGGUCCAUGGUGCUCAGGAGCACAGGAUAUCUGUCCUACUUUGGGAGAAGCAUGAAGCCCAAAGUCAACAAGAGCCAGGAGUGGGACAAGCCACAGUCAUACAGGGCUAAACAGGUCCUUCAAACCCCACACAAUCUCUUCCUUGGGCUGCAUCUUCCUGGUGCCGCUCCAAGUGCCGUUGCCCUACCAGCUCCACAGAGGCUCUCUCAUCAGCCUGUCUGGCUGCACCAUGGCAAUGCCAGGUUAUAGUGGCUCAGUGUGAAUGUCCUGGAUGUGCUUCAAGCAGCACCACAGAGACAGGUUCUGCCUCUGCUGCACAAACGCAGGAAACUUCUGAACCAGGAGUGACCCCAUGGCUCUCUGUCCUGUGUCUCACCAAUAAAGGCCAUGGUGGUGGUGUC